AAACAUGCCUUGUGCUUUACAAAGUUAAAAAUAAACAAUUAUUGUUUAUAGUGUAAAUAUAAUAUGAGAGAGAGUUAAGUAGUGUACAUAAAAGUGGAAUUAUGAUUAUAGUGUAUAUUGACAUUAUUCUUUUAGUAAUUUUGCUGGUGCUGUCGCUGUCGACGUGCGCGUACUGCUGCCUGCGCGUGCACCGCCUGCGCCAGUCGGGGCAGCUGACAAUACUGCUUAGACCUACCAAAGUAAUAUUUUCAAACAAGAAAGAAAAUGACGGGAAUGACGAACUAAGGACGGUAGUGGCGUACCGCAACCCGUUCACGGGCGACUACUGCGUGCACAAGCACCGCGAGCCGCGCGGCUACGAGAACGAGAUGGCGCGAUGCGGGCCACGCGGCGAGAGCGAGACAGCACGAUGCGACACAGAGUCGGCCGACAGUGGGCUCUCCGACGAGUACGAGCCGCUCAACGUCGUCCCGCAGAAGGUGAGAGAAUGA